AUGGACAUUGUUUCAAGUAGCUUAACGGCUAUUUCCUUGUUAUGGACACCUCUUGAGAGGUGUUGCUUUUAUUCAAGAAAUUUUGAAGAACGAGCUAGGACAUUGCACUGUAAAAUGGAAGAACUAACUAGUAAAGAAAAUGAUUUAAAAGCAGAAAUCAGUACUUCCAUGGUGAACCAAAGAAAGAAGCUCAGAAAUGAGAUACAGUUGUGGCUUAAAAGCGUUGAGAAGCUUGUAGCUGAGGUUAAGCACAUUGAAACUGAAAUCAUCCGAAAAGACAGAUGCUUGAAAGGAUGUUUCCCUAAUUACCUUUCACGUUACAGAUUAGGUAAACAGAUGGUGAAGAGCAUUAAAGAUAUGAGUGAGCUUCAUGCUAAAGGAGUAUUUUCAAAUGGGCUAUUUGUUGCUUCUUUUCCAGAUACUAAGAGAAUCCUGCCAACAACUGGAUUAGUGGGACAUAAAACUCCCCACAGAGUUGCAAAGGUGAUUUGGGAACUAGUGGCUGAUAUGAAUACUAGUAAGAUUGGUGUUUAUGGAAUGGGGGGUGUUGGCAAGACAUCUAUUAUGAUGCAUAUUUAUAACCAGCUAAUUGAUUGUAAGAUCUUUGACAGGGUCAUUUGGGUUAAUGUUUCAAAGACUUUUGAUGUUGAGAAAUUGCAACUAGAUAUUGCAAAUGCUACAAACUUGGAACUCUCAGAAAAAGAAAACGUGGUAUGGAGAUCGACAAGGCUGCUUGAGCAUUUGCAUGGAAAAAAGUUUGUCCUCAUCCUAGAUGACAUGUGGCAUAAGUUUUCCUUAGAAGAGGUGGGUAUCCCACAGCCAAGCACAGAUAAUGGUUGCAAAUUUGUUUUCGUGACUCGCCUUAUGGAAGUAUGUCGUGGAAUGGAAACUCAAAGGGAAAUCAAAGUUGAGCUCUUAUCCAAGAAUGAAGCAUGGGAUUUAUUCACAACCAAAUCAGGUCCAAUUCAUUGCGAUGAGAUAGAACCUGUUGCACAGGCAGUCUGUGAAAAUUGUGGGGGGUUGCCACUUGCAAUCAUCACAGUGGGACGAGCCAUGAGGAAAAUUGACAAUAAAAGACUCUGGAAGAAUGCACUGGAAGAAUUAGAAAGCUCAAGAGCAGAAAUUCAAGGAAUGGAAGAAGAUGUGUUUGCCCGACUGAAGUUUAGCUAUCUUCACUUAAAAGAUGACCACAUCCAAGCGUGUUUUCUUUAUUGUGCAUUAUACCCAGAGGAUCACAAAAUUGAUGCUGCAGAACUUAUAGAGUACUGGAUGGCAGAGGAAUUGAUUACCGAAGUGGGAGACCGAGAAAAAGAAAUCAACAAGGGGUACACAGUGCUGGAAAAGCUUAAAGAUGCUUGCUUGCUGGAGGACAUUGGAUCAGAUUAUGUCAAGAUGCAUGACUUAGUAAGAGAUAUGGCUAUCAGGAUUGCCAGGGAGGGUCCAAGGUUGAUUAAUAAAUCUGCAAUGAAAUUAAACCGAUUGGCAAGGGAAUGGAUCGAAAACGUUGAGUGGGUCUCUCUAAUGGAUAACAGCAUAUGUGUUGUACCUGAUUAUCCCAACUGCCAAAAACUUUCUACUUUGCUUCUUCAGCGGAACCCUCUCUCUGAAAAGAUUCCUGAUUCAUUCUUUGUGCAUAUGCAGUGUCUUAAAGUACUUGACCUCUCCAAUACUGACAUCUGGUCAUUACCGGAGUCUGUUUCAACUUUAUGUAACCUCCGUGCGCUCCUGCUAAGUUUCAGUAUGCUGAAUGAGCUUCCUUCGUUAGCCAUGUUGAAGGAACUGAGGGUGUUGGACCUGUCACAUACCCUUCUGAAGACCCUACCACAGGAUAUAGACAAAUUAAACAAUUUAAGGCGUUUAGAUUUGUCAUACACUGGAGAACUGCUUACAUUCCCAUCUGGUGUUAUCCAAAAGCUUUCUUAUCUAGAGAAUUUUUCGAUAUUUAAAAGCAAAUGGAGAUGGUCAUCAAUUAGAGGAGUAAGUGAAGGAGUUGGAUUUGAUGAAAUUUCAAGCUUGUCAAGAUUAACCAGUCUCGGUCUUUCCUUUGAGGACCGAACCAGCUUCAUAGACUAUGUGAGAUCUAAGCACUGGCAAUUUCUGCAAAGCUACCAUCUUGGUAUAGGUCUGCUAUCCAUUUUUCUACCAGUCUCCAAGGGAACACGCAGUAUUGAAAUUCAAGGUUGUAACCUUGUCUGCCAAGACACAGUGAUCGAGCUUCCGAACAACAUCCAACAGUUGGCGCUGCAUGGUUGCCAUGAUAUUACUUUUUUAUCAAAACUCUCCAGCACAACCAACUUGGACCAUUUAAGAGGAUGUUACCUUUCAAAUUGUAAUGGCAUGGAAUUCAUCACAAUGGCAGGUAACCCUUUUCCGAGUCUUGAGCUACUAGUCCUACGAAAACUGCCCAAGUUAAAGGCCAUAUCUGAUGGUAUUGCAGCAAGUCAGAUAUUCGCAAAGCUGAAGACCCUUCAGAUCCAUAGCUGCAAUAACAUGAAAUAUUUGUUUUCAUCUAGUAUGCUACAAGACUUCCAAAGCCUUGAAGGGAUUGAAGUAUGGAACUCACAAUUGAUUGAAGAGAUGGUAGAAGAGGAAACUGAAGGCAAUAUUGCUACCUUAUCAGCUUUCUUACUUCCAAAGCUCCGUCGCUUGUCCUUGUCCACAUUACCAGAAUUGAAAUACAUCACAAAAAGGGUCCUGAUAUGUGAUUCCCUUGAAACAGUUGAGAUAUGGGACUGUGAGAAUUUGAGGACCCUUCCAUUCUCCAUCAGCUACUUGCCAGCCUCUCUCAAGCACAUCAAGGGAAAUAGAAAUUGGUGGGAUGGGUUGGAAUGGGAUGAAACCAGUUGCAAGAAUCUUCUGCAACCAUUUUUUGACCAAGGUACAUAAAACGGUAUCCACCAGCAGAAGUUGCGAUGAGGGAUUUCUUUCGGACCAGUCAUGUUCCUGCAUAGGGCUCGGCUUGUGUACGUUAAAUUCUUCACCUGGAUUGUAUUUCUUACUUCAUGUAACCAAACACAUUUCUUGGUCAUGUGCGAGCAAAAUAGCUUUUGAACGCUACUACUAAAAUCAGUCACUCGACCGUUAUAUCCUAUGUUUAUACCACUUUUUGCACACCAAUCCUACUUUCUGUCGUUAGUCAUUACUUUCCAACAAACCGGUCAACUUGAUGAACAGGGAAAACUUGUCCAACCAUUCUUUUUUUC